CUCCGACGCUCGACGGCGAUGGUGCGGUGGGACCCGCAGACGACGCAGACGAGCUCAUUGAUUGAUGCAGUACUGCAGGCGGUGCGACGAACGAUGCCCGGUCUGCAUCCAGCACACACACACAGACACGGGCACAAGUGAGUGUCUGUGUGCAUGUGUGAGGCUGAUUAUCAGAGUGUCAUUGGGCGUACCUGUGCGGCUCUGAUGCGAAUAGGGCGACGCGUGACGAAUGAGAGGUAAUGGAGAGGACACCGACACAAACAACCCUGCUCACCCACCAGCACACACAACACUCGGAGACCUUCUCUGUGUGUGUGUGUCCUCACCUGUUGUGUCUGAGGGCGAGCGACAGAAAUGCAGUCAGUCAGGCCGUCACCGAACGCGAUGAUGAUAUCCCUCCCGCCACACACCACACAAACCACUAAUGGACCUGACAGUGUGUGAUGACAGACACAAGGAUGGGCGCAUGCUUGGCCAGGGCUGCGCUCAUGUGUGCAGGCCGACCUCUCUGUGUUUGUGUGACGAUUUCACUGAUCAAUCUUGAUAGUUGCCCUCACAAAGGCGCCACAUAAACAGACACACGAGAUCUGACACACCAACAAUGAGGCGCCCGUCACCCGUGCUGCAUGUGUGUGUGUGUGGGUGCCUUUCCCUCACCCCUCUGUCUGAUGCCAAUGAAUGCGGUGAGAUGACGACCACCGCCUGCACACACAUAUUGGACACACGGCAGGAACUGAUGCAUUUCUGUCAUCGGUCGACGGCCAUGUGAUUGUCGUUGGCUCACCUGUGCCCUCACUGACAAACCGAACGAGACCAGCAGCGCCAAAAAGGUGGUGACGAUCUGCGAGCUGAUGUUUUUGUCCAAGCAAAGAUCGGAUUCAUCGGUUUGGGUGAACGGUCGGCAGAUGAGCGUGAGAGGCGGCCGAGGAGCCAUUAAAUGAGUCAAUGCGACGAAUUCGUCCACUCAGCCGUUUGUCCAAUGGCUGCGUCUGUCUGCCAUUGUCGCCCGUCUGUGUCGGCCGGCCGCUCGUCGAGAUGAGAUGCCACUCGAUGGCCAGGCGGACGACAGAGACCGAGGCACGACGGAAGCAAACAGCGCAGCACGACCGACACAGACACGAUUGGUGGAUGCAUCAUCUCACGGCAGCUUUCGCUCUCUCCCCCUAUCCAUGUGAUUUGGGUGCCCCCGUGUGUGAGCACUGGCGCACCGUGGAGUGAAUCACCGGCCCAUCGGUGUGUGUGACGUGCCGGCACUUCACCGAACGACGCCCCGCCCACCGCACACACACGGGAGCAGAGAGGGGGAGAGAGAGUUAAAACACACCAUACACACACGGAUGGAUGUCGGCAGGCAGAGUGGAUGGAAAAAGGCUUUCUGUCUGUCUGUCUGUCUGUCUGAUUGGCCGCCGCAUUUCAGUGUUGCCUCCCACCACACACAUGGACGGGGGCAGAGUGGCCGACAGAACCGAACGCACUGCUCACGACCGUGACAGA